GUGUAGAAUGAGCCAAGGAGACUCAAAUCCAGCAGCUAUUCCACAUGCAGCAGAAGAUAUUCAAGGAGAUGACAGAUGGAUGUCUCAGCACAACAGAUUUGUCCUCGACUGUAAAGACAAAGAGCCUGAUGUACUCUUCGUGGGAGACUCCAUGGUACAGUUAAUGCAGCAGUACGAGAUAUGGCGAGAGCUUUUUUCCCCACUUCAUGCACUUAAUUUUGGAAUUGGGGGAGAUACAACAAGACACGUUUUAUGGAGACUAAAGAAUGGAGAACUGGAGAACAUUAAACCUAAGGUCAUUGUUGUCUGGGUAGGAACAAACAACCAUGAAAAUACAGCAGAAGAGGUGGCAGGUGGGAUCGAGGCCAUUGUACAGCUUAUCAACACAAGGCAGCCACAGGCCAAAAUCAUCGUAUUGGGUCUGUUACCUCGCGGUGAGAAGCCCAACCCCUUGAGACAAAAGAAUGCCAAGGUGAACCAGCUUCUCAAGGUUUCCCUGCCGAAGCUUGCCAAUGUGCAGCUCCUGGAUACAGAUGGGGGCUUCGUGCACUCGGACGGUGCCAUCUCCUGCCAUGACAUGUUUGAUUUUCUGCAUCUCACAGGAGGGGGAUAUGCAAAGAUCUGCAAACCCCUCCAUGAACUGAUCAUGCAGUUGUUGGAGGAAACACCCGAGGAGAAACAAACCACCAUUGCCUGACUGGCUCCUGUCAGUGUUAAUAGUAUCCAGCUUCCUCAGAUCAGUUAUAUCACUGGCACUACAGAAUCCUCUUUCUUAAGGCACUUUGCAUUGUAGAAUGUUCCCGGAUGUUCAUAUCUAGUGUUUGAAGGGGAGGAAGGAUUUAAACUGGUCCUGUAUAUAGGUUUGUUUAACACAGGAGAAAAAUUAGCCAAGGAAGAGUGUUUAAAUUUAUUUGAAACCAGAAGGGGACUUUCAGUUGUAUGUAUGACACGUUCAUUAAAUUAUCACUCCUUUUCCUAGGACAACAUCAAGCCUAAGUACUAAAUAAUAUGAACAUUCUUUUUUUGGCCUUUUUUUUCUGUGGAUUAUGUCUUGUAAUAAUUGUCAGAAUGCACACCUACUCGGCUUUAAAACAAAUGUCUCCCCCCUCCCCCCAGUUUUUAAAUCCAUAACUUAGUCUUUUGUUAUUAAUUUGUUUUCCUCAUGUACCCUCAGUAUUUUCUUAACAUAUAGCAUCAGAUUAAACAUGCUUGUUUCUCCAAUAUAGGAGAUGCUAUA